AUGGCUUCCUCUCAAAAACUCAAUAUUGGCGUCGUCGGCCUCGGCCGUAUGGGCCAACGUCAUGCUCUUAACGUUCUGCAUCGGAUUCCGCGCGUCCGCCUACGUAGCGUAUGCUCUGUCGCUGCGCAUGGGAUUCAGUGGGCGAAUGAGCGUUUGGCUAUCGAAGGAGUCAAAGUAUUCGAUCAAUUUGAAGAGAUGAUAGCGGCGCCAGGACUGGACGCAGUUAUCAUUUUCUCCCCAACGGCGCUGCAUAUCCAGCAUACGCUUGCUGCUGUUGAUAACAAGAUCCAUGUGUUGUGUGAGAAGCCGGUCACUACGGACCUUGCUCAGGCAAUUCUUGCAGUUGUUUGCCAUCUUUCUAUGAUUUGCAAUAUGUUCAGUUAA